AUGGCUACGCGGGUGCUGAGCAUGAGCGCCCGCCUAGGACCCGUGCCCCAGCCGCCGGCGCCGCAGGACGAGCCAGUGGUCGCGCAGCUCAAGCCGGUGCUGGGCGCCGCGAAUCCGGCCCGCGACGCGGUGCUCUUCCCCGGCGAGGAGCUGAAGCACGCGCACCACCGCCUGCGCAGGCCCCGCCCGCGCCCGCGCAGGCCCCAGCCGCCCGCCGCCCGCCCGCGGCUGCCUCCAGAGGAGCUGGUCCAGACAAGAUGUGAAAUGGAGAAGUAUCUGACACCUCAGCUUCCUCCAGUUCCUACAAUUCCAGAGCAUAAAAAGUAUAGACGAGACAGUGCCUCAGUCGUAGACCAGUUCUUCACUGACACUGAAGGGUUACCUUACAGUAUCAACAUGAACGUCUUCCUCCCUGACAUCACUCACCUGAGAACUGGCCUCUACAAAUCCCAGAGACCGUGCGUAACACACAUCAAGACAGAACCUGUUGCCAUUUUCAGCCACCAGAGUGAAACGACUGCCCCUCCUCCGGCCCCGACCCAGGCCCUCCCUGAGUUCACCAGUAUAUUCAGCUCACACCAGACCGCAGCUCCAGAGGUGAACAAUAUUUUCAUCAAACAAGACCUUCCUACACCAGAUCUUCAUCUUUCUGUCAGUCCCCAGCAGGGCCACCUGUACCAGCUACUGAAUACACCGGAUCUAGAUAUGCCCAGUUCUACAAACCAGACAGCAGCAAUGGACACUCUAAAUGUUUCUAUGUCAGCUGCCAUGGCAGGCCUUAACACACACACCUCUGCUGUUCCGCAGACUGCAGUGAAACAAUUCCAGGGCAUGCCCCCUUGCACAUACACAAUGCCAGGUCAGUUUCUUCCACAACAGGCCACUUACUUUCCCCCGUCACCACCAAGCUCAGAGCCUGGAAGUCCAGAUACACAAGCAGAGAUGCUCCAGAAUUUAACCCCACCUCCAUCCUAUGCUGCUACAAUUGCUUCUAAACUGGCAAUUCACAAUCCAAAUUUACCCACCACCCUGCCAGUUAACUCACAAAACAUCCAACCUGUCAGAUACAACAGAAGGAGUAACCCCGAUUUGGAGAAACGACGCAUCCACUACUGCGAUUACCCUGGUUGCACAAAAGUUUAUACCAAGUCUUCUCAUUUAAAAGCUCACCUGAGGACUCACACUGGUGAAAAGCCAUACAAGUGUACCUGGGAAGGCUGCGACUGGAGGUUCGCGCGAUCGGAUGAGCUGACCCGCCACUACCGGAAGCACACAGGCGCCAAGCCCUUCCAGUGCGGGGUGUGCAACCGCAGCUUUUCGCGCUCUGACCACCUGGCCCUGCAUAUGAAGAGGCACCAGAACUGAGCACUGCCCGUGUGACCCGUCCCAGGUCCCCUGGGCUCCCUCUCAAACGACAGACCUAACUGUUCCUAUAUAAAAACAAAAAACAAAAACAAAA